CUUCCAAUCGCAUUUUAACGAGAAACGUGUAAACCCGAUACAAGGCGCUUUUGUCCUCAUUUUACCAGCGCAGCUCUUCCCGGAAUCAAGGAGGGGCGAAGGCCGAACAACACAACAACUCCAACCAUGGCUAUAGAGAUCAAAGCGACACCGUUUACCUUCGUCGCACAUGCGCUCGCGUUUGCGGCUUCGGUUAUGGUUUUGAUCUGGUGCAUCCAUUUUAGAGGAGGAUUAGCUUGGGAAGAUACCAACAAGAGUCUAAUCUUCAACAUUCACCCUGUGUUGAUGGUAAUUGGGUUCGUUAUCAUGGGAGGAGAAGCUAUAAUGAGUUACAGAGCACUUCCCAUGAGGAAACAAGUGAAGAAGCUAAUACAUUUAAUCCUCCACGGCAUUGCACUAAUACUGGGUAUUGUGGGUAUCUAUGCCGCCUUCAAAUUUCAUAACGAGAGCGGCAUUGCCAAUCUCUACAGCUUGCAUUCCUGGCUUGGCAUCGGUGUCAUUGUUCUCUACGGUAUCCAGUGGGGGUACGGGUUCCUUGUCUUCUUCUACCCUGGCGGGACCACAGCGCUGAGAAGCGAUUCACUUCCUUGGCACGUGGCGGCCGGAAUGUUCGUGUACGCAUUGGCAGUCGGCAACGCAGCCAUAGGGUUUCUUGAGAAGCUGACUUUCCUCGAGAAUUCAGGGCUUGCCAAAUACGGAGCGGAGGCCUUCCUUGUCAACUUCACUGCACUUGUCACAAUACUCUAUGGUGUCUCUGUGUUUUUCUCUCUUCUUUCUCGGCCUCCAGCCGCCGACGACGGCAAUAGCUGCUAUUCACCUAUAUGACAUCGUAUACGUACAUAUAUAGUUUUGCCUAUAUCAGAUCACGUACUGUUGGCAAACAGAAUAUUGUUGCCUGGUUUCUAAUCGAUGUUAGCGCGAAAGCUAUCUGGGUCCAUAAGGUAAUUGUAUCGCUUCCGUAGGUUGGUUAUGAGAAAAUUAAAUAGCAGUGGAAUACUUUCUGUUAAUAAUAAGAAAUAUUAAUCA